GAGGGAGUGAGGGAGAGGCAGUUGAGGGACAGCCCCUCCCCAGCCCCCAGAUGGAGUUGUGUGGGCAGCCCGCCCCUAACCGCUCCCAGGAGGGGAACAGCACGAUGAUGGCCGGAGGUCAGCUGACCUCAGCACCUUACAGUGGGCUAGCGGCAGCAGCAGUCAGUCUGGCAGUGGUAACGGUCAUCAUGCUGACCAUGGUGGGCAACGCACUGGUGGUGGUGGCCGUGUUGACCAGCCGGGCGCUCCGGCCUCCGCAGAACCUCUUCCUGGUGUCGCUGGCAUCGGCGGACAUCCUGGUGGCUGCUCUGGUCAUCCCCUUCUCGCUGGCCAACGAGCUGAUGGGCUACUGGUACUUCGGCAGCGUCUGGUGCGGCAUCUACCUGGCACUGGACGUGCUCUUCUGCACCUCGUCCAUCGUCCACCUGUGUGCCAUCAGUUUGGAUCGCUACUGGGCUGUGACCAGAGCCGUUGAAUACAACUUGAAACGGACCCCACGCCGCAUCAAAGCCAUGAUCGCGGUGGUGUGGCUUAUCUCGGCGGUCAUCUCCUUCCCGCCCUUGGUCAGCGUGGACCGUGCCAGGCAAGGCUGCUGCCAACUCAACGAUGAGACCUGGUACAUCCUGUCAUCUUGCGCUGUCUCUUUCUUCGCCCCCUGCCUCAUCAUGAUGUUGGUCUACUUCCGAAUCUACCGGGUGGCCAAGCAGAGGACCUCAGUGGUCUCGGUGGCUGGCAAUGGGCAGCCCGGUGCCCCUGCCCCUGCACUUCCCUUGGAGAGCGCCUUCUCCCGCCGCCGCCGUCCCCGAGACCGGGCGAGUGCCCCGGGUGGCAGCCCACCCAGCUCCCAGAGCCACCCACACCAGGAGGACGAUGAGGAGGAAGAGCUGGAAGACAUUGACUUGGAGGAGAGUUGCUCCUCGGAGGCACAGAGCCGGCCUGUGGAGCUCAGGAGGAGUCAGGAGGUCCCUCUCCCCCUUCCCUUGGCCCUGCCUCCUCCGUCCUCCUCGACCCUGCCUCCCCUCCCGGGUCCGGGUUGUAGCCGCCUGUCCUGGGCUGGCCAUAGGGCCUCUCAGCUCUUCCUGGAGCAGAGGAGGAAGAGGAAGGCGGCUCGGCCCGUGUCCAGGCUCAGCAAGAGCCGGCUGGCCCAGCUGCGGGAGAAACGCUUCACCUUUGUGCUGGCCGUGGUCAUUGGCGUCUUUGUGCUGUGCUGGUUCCCCUUCUUCUUCACCUACAGCCUGAGGGCCAUCUGUCGACAGAACUGCACCAUCCCCGAGCCCCUCUUCAACUUCUUCUUUUGGAUUGGUUACUGCAACAGCUCGCUCAACCCCAUCAUCUACACCAUCUUCAACAGGGACUUCCGCAAGGCUUUCAAAAAGAUCAUCUUCAGGACUCGCAGACGUACUUUGUAGCCAGCUGCACUGAUAACUCGGCUGCCUCGACAUCCUGAGUGUCUGUUAACGAUGGUGUGUUUUCUGUUUAUAUAUACGUAUAUUUAAACAGUU